AUGAGUGGUAGUGGGAGAAGUUCAAGUUCAGUGAACCAGAGCUCUGGCUGCUUCAAUGGCGUCUUGCGCAGGCUUCUCUGCUCUGGAAGCGUUCCCACUCACCCAACAGAUCAAAUUGCGGAACCUUAUACAACCCAACUCACUCUGCUCCCAGGAAAACCAAACCCCGAUCUCAAAAUCCAAUCUUCAGCUUCUUCUGUCACGCCUGGCAUAGUGGCAAGGCUGAUGGGUUUAGACUCUUUGCCAGAAACAAAUUGGGUUUCGAAAGGAAGAGCCCCAGAUUUGGUUAGCCGAAGUAGGUCAGUGAGUUUUGCUGAUUACUUGAUGGAUUUUGAUUUGGCUGAUCAAGAUCGUCAGCAUCAUCAUCGCCGGGUUCGAACCUCAGUCUCUUUCCGGGAAGUCCCGGCGGCUCUGAAUCAUCAGAAAAGUCCUGAUUUUCUUCUUGUGUACUUGGACAAUGUGGAUAAAUCAAAGGAGAUUGGGUCGAAGGUGAAGAAAUCUGAGAUGGGUUUUGGAGAGCUGAAGCAGGGGAAGAAGGAACAGAGAAGUAGGAACAAGGAGAACAGCAAAAGAGAGAGUGAUGAGAUUAUUAAGCAGAAGAAGAAGAAGGAGAAAACGGUAGCCAUAAAACAAAGCAAGAAGAUUUCUAAGUUGAAGGAUGAGCCUAGAAGAGAAUGUGGCGCACAAUCUUCAAAAUCAAAGGGUUUGGGGUACUCUGUUUCUCCCAAUAAGAAGACCAGUUACAAGAACGGUGGUGCUGCGAAUUUUAAGGAAAGUAGCGAUCGUCAUCAGCUGAAGAAGACAACCCAGAAGAAGAAAGUGGUGGAGGAACCAAGAAUCAAGAAGACAAACCAUCAACAUGCAUUUGCCAAGGAAAAAGAGGCUGCCGGUUUUCAUGGCUUAGAGAACACAAGCCCUGUUUCUGUUCUCUGCAUUGAUGACAUGUUGAUCCAACAUGAAGCUUGGAUAUCAGGAUAUUCAAUGCCUGUGGAUUUGAACUCCAACAUGAAAUCUUCACCAAAAGCUCCUUACAUUGCCGACCCUGAAGUCAGAACAGCCAGAAGAAAAGAUUUUGAGCCAAUUAAAGACGAAGACACCAGAGAUUACGCAGAGCUGCUGGCUUCCAAAAUCCAAAGGUGGACAGAGGAGGAUUUGAAAGAGUCAAAUUGGGUAGCCAAGAAUGUGUCUGGGUUCGAAGGUUAUGAAGAAAUCUGCCUGGGAUUUGAAGGGCUGAUCCUUGACAUGCUAUUGCAGCAGGCCAUCGAUGAGUUCGUGCAGAUUUCUCAUGAAAGCCUGUGGCCUUGCAGUGCUUGA